GUUGCCAUAAAAGGAUGCCUUGGCCGGACGCGGCCAGCAAUCGAACCGCGGCGAACCUCUUUCCCUUCCCGGUGCUCUUCAUAUGGUGCGUUGACUUCCUCCGUCGCUGUUAAAGCGGAGCUAUCAUGGCGGAGCGCGCACAGCAGCCCCCGGCCAAGCGGCUCUGCUGUAGACCGGGAUACAAUGCGACGUGUAGACAAGGCCAACGGGCCGCGGGGUCGCCGUGCGGCGGCUCCGCGGCCGCUCACGGCGACUCGAGCCGGAGCCCGGAAACUCUCCUGGACAUAGCGGCGAGGAGGGUCGCGGAGAAGUGGCCGUUUCAGCGGGUGGAGGAGCGCUUCGAGCGGAUCCCGGAGCCCGUCCAGAGGCGGAUCGUGUACUGGUCUUUCCCGAGGAGCGAGCGAGAGAUCUGUAUGUACUCGUCGUUCAACACCGACGAGGAGGAGAUGGGAAGUAGCGGGGAGAGCGGCGACGAGACGCGGCUGCCGUUCCGACGGGGCAUCGGUCUGCUGGAGAGCGGCUGCGUGGACAACGUACUGCAAGUCGGGUUUCACCUCAGCGGCACAGUAAGAGAACCUGCCACGUCCUCCGAGCCGGAGCUGCUCUUCAGCGUCAGCGUCAGCUUCGACCGAUGCAAAAUCACAGCUGUGACCUGCAGCUGCGGCAACAAGGACAUUUUCUACUGCGCCCACGUCGUCGCGCUCGCUCUCUACCGAAUACGAAAGCCGGAGCAGGUCAAGCUCCGCCUGCCCAUCUCGGAGACUCUCUUCCAGAUGAACCGGGACCAGCUGCAGAAGUUCGUCCAGUAUCUGAUCACCGUCCACCACACGGAGGUUCUGCCCACGGCACAGAAGCUGGCCGAUGAAAUACUGUCGCAGAACUCUGAAAUCAACCAGGUCCACGGAGCUCCUGAUCCGACGGCGGGGGCCAGCGUGGAUGAUGAGAACUGUUGGCAUCUGGACGAGGAACAGGUUCAGGAACAGGUCAAGCAGUUUCUCUCGCAGGGCGUAUACUACGGGUCGGGAAAGCAGCUCAACUUACUGUUUAGCAAGGUGAGAGAGAUGUUGAAGAUGAGGGACUCCAACGGCGCUCGCAUGUUAUCACUGAUCACAGAGCAGUUCAUGGGAGACCCCAGGCUGGUGGUGUUCAGUCAACCGGGAACUGGCAUGAGUGACAAGUACAGACAGCUGUGGGACGAACUAGGGGCCCUGUGGACGUGCAUCGUGCUGAACCCUCACAUUAAACCCGAGCAGAAAGCAUUAUGGCUCCGACAGCUUCGCAAGUGGAGCAGUGUGGACGUCUGUCCCUUGGAGGAUGAUCACAAUGGCAACGAGCUGACCAACGAUCUGCUUGAGGCCCACCCAGUCAACCCAGAUUUACUGACCCGGCCUCACCGGACUCUGUUUACGCGAGCAAUCGAGGCCUGCGACCUGCACUGGCAGGACCCCCACCUGCAGCACAUCAUCACCGAGGACCACUACACAAACUACUGUUACCAUGACAACCUCAACAGCUCCCUCUUUGACACCCGGGGGUGGCCCCUGUGGCACGAGCACGUCCCCACAGCGUGUGCACGCGUGGACGCCCUCAGAUCCCACGGUUACCCCAAGGAAGCACUCAGGCUGGCCAUCGCCAUAGUCAACACGCUGAAGAGGCAACAGCAGAAGCACCUGGAGUACUUCCGCACUCACAAAAAAGAGCUACUUCAUAAAGGUGUAACAUCCAUCACCAAUCCGGAGGGCUGGGUGGGCCACCCGCUGGACCCCAUCGGCACCCUGUUCAGGACCCUGAUGGAGAUCGGUGGGGGCAGCGAGGACGGGGCCGCAGCUUCAGGCUCCCUGGGUCCAGGUAGGAGGCCGGUGCAAUGUCUCCUGGAGGAAGGAGAGUCGUUCCUGUCGCUGGCGGUGGAGGCGGCUCUGAUAGGGUUGGGGCAGCAGAGGGCGAUGCCAGACAGCCUCUACUCCCAGGAGAAGUUCUGUCGCAACCAAGAGCAUCUCCUGGCAAAACUUCAAGAAGUCGGUUCGGACUCGUUGGUGAAGAUCAUCCGGAGACAAGCUGUUUACCUGCUAGAGGCUGGUCCCUACAGUGGUCUGGGGGAAAUAAUCCACAGAGAAAGCGUCCCCAUGCAGACGUUUGCCAAAUAUCUCUUCAACUCGCUGCUACCUCAUGAUGUCGAACUGGCGUAUAAAAUUGCACUGAGAGCCAUGAGGCUGCUGGUCCUCGACACCAGGGCCUCCGGUGACCCUAACCAUAUAGUGAGGUCGGUGGUGUCCAGCCACUACCCUCGCUGGUAUGUUCUCAACCACAUAGAAGUACAACAGUGUGUGCUGGCCUCCACCAUGCUCACUGCUGCUAAAGGUGAUGCACGUAGGCUCCAAAUAGUGUUAGAGUCCAUCCAGAAGAACAUCCACUCCUCAACCCACAUCUUCAAACUGGCCCAGGAUGCCUUCAAAAUCGCCACUCUCAUGGACAGCCUGCCCGACAUCACGCUGCUCAAAGUCUCCCUGGAGCUGGGCCUUCAGGUGAUGCGAAUGACCCUGUCUGCCUUGAACUGGCGGAGGAGAGAAAUGGUGCGAUGGCUCGUCACAUGUGCGACAGAAGUUGGUGUGUUUGCGCUGGACAGCAUCAUGCAGACCUGGUUCACCCUCUUCACGCCUACUGAAGCCACCAGCGUUGUGGCCAGCACCGUGAUGUCCAACAGCACCAUCGUUCGGAUGAACCUGGACUGCCACCAGCAGGAGAACCUGGCCAACUCGGCCCGCACCCUCGCCCUGCAGUGCGCCAUGAAGGACCCCCAGAACUGCGCCCUCUCCGCCCUCACGCUGUGCGAGAAGGACCACAUCGCCUUCGAGACUGCCUAUCAGAUUGUACUGGACGCCGCUGCCACGGGAAUGAACUACACGCAGCUGUUCACGAUAGCGCGCUACAUGGAGCACCGCGGCUACCCCAUGCGGGCCUACAAGCUAGCCACGUUAGCCAUGGCGCACCUGAACCUCAGCUACAACCAGGACACGCACCCGGCCAUCAAUGACGUGCUGUGGGCGUGCGCCCUCAGCCACUCGCUGGGGAAGAACGAGCUGGCGGCCGUCAUCCCCCUGGUGGUGAAGAGCGUGAAGUGCGCCACGGUCUUGUCGGACAUUUUGCGGCGGUGCACGCUGACGACGCCGGGCAUGGUGGCGCUGCACAGCCGCAGGAACUCGGGGAAGCUGAUGUCUCUGGACAAGGCGCCGCUCAGGCAGCUGCUGGACGCCACGAUCGGGGCCUACAUCAACACCACACACUCUCGGCUGACGCACAUCAGCCCGCGCCACUACAGCGAGUUCAUCGAGUUCCUUAGUAAAGCCAGGGAGACGUUCCUGAUGGCGCACGACGGACACAUCCAGUUCACACAGUUCAUAGACAACCUGAAACAGAUCUACAAGGGCAAGAAGAAGCUCAUGAUGCUUGUCAGAGAAAGAUUUGGUUGAAAACAGGGAGAUUUCAAAUAAAUCUAAUUGCCUUUUAUUUUACUUGAUUCCUAUAAUUUAGGACAAUGACCUGAAGGAGUAAUUAAACACGUUAUGAGGUAAAAGGCUCCAAAAAUGCAGCACCGAUGAAGAAACUACCUUCUGGCUUCAAUGUUUCGAUGCCUAAUGAAGGAUAAGAAAUAAGCUAUCAAACAAAUUGGCAGAAAAAUUCCUAUAAAUUGGUCAACUGUAAGGCAUCGACAUAGGUUUCAACAGUUCUAGCUAUAGAAUUAUAAGUGAGCAGCCCAAGAUUAUAGGAAUGACAAGUAAAAUGUAUUAAGGUCAAGUUUAAAAGGAAGGAGAGAGCAGUGUGUGUUAGCCUUUAUGCGUACGAGCGUAAGCACCACUGACGAUACACUGUAUGAUCCAGUGGCACAUUGUCCACCUCCUCCUCCUUCUUCCCUCAGUCAAUGUUCACAGCCUCAAAAAAAAGACACACGGCUUUAAACCAAAUGGAGAAGCUCCAUCUGAAGUGACGAGUACCUCUGUAAAGGAUCCAGCUUUACGUCCAGUCCUCACGUGUGCUCAGCGCAGGAACGGGACCGGGUCCAUUUGUUUCUGCCGCCUUCGGGCUGAUCGUUCCGGCUUCGCAGUGUUGUCUCAGACGUUCCUAUGCUUAUUUUACACACGUUUGUCACGGGAACACAGGCGCGCACCGUGCUCGCUAGAAACUGGCAACCGUCAAUAUACAUUCUCAGGGAUUUCUCUUUAAAAAGGCAAACAAGAGAACAAAAGCAUUUUAUUGUCUUGUAUAUAUGAAAGUAUAUGUCUGAAUAUUAAAAAAUGUAUAUGUUAACUAAUUUAUGACAGAAUAUUCUAUGUAAGGCACAAUACUUGAAGCUGCAGUACCUGGUUUUAGAAACAAGAGAAACAUAUCAGAAGGACUUCAGAAAGUUUGCCUUGCGUUGCACCAGGGCGCAGUUCAACGUCUGGGUUGGAUCUGCAGACACAGUCUCUCCCCAACAUGAACGUGCUUUGAGGAUUGUGGAAGCGGGACAAAGACAAGUCUGUGGAGGCAGAGCAACAUUUACGUCAUUCGGUCACAAAGCAGCGCCUCUGACAUCGGCUGCGUAGGACUCAGUUGGAUGGCAUUUUCUUUUAGGAUUUUGAUGGUUUCAGGCUCAUGUUUUGGAAACUUUCCCCAUAAUUGGAUUACUAAUUGUAUUUUGCUGUUUGCUGCUUAGGAUACUUCACAGAAAGACUGUUGCAAUUAUAGCGGAAACAUGAAGAAUGUGUUCGUCAAUGCUUCAUUUCGCAGGUCUAUAAAUUCCAAAUUAUUUUUUAUACCAUUAACGUGGACACAGAGGAAAGCAGCUGAGCUACACAUGCCAGGCAUGAAAUUAAGCACAAAUUGGGUUUUUAGUAAGAAUAAUUCUUAAUUUCCUUAAGUUUAAAUUGAACAUGAAAAUCUUAGAAUUCUGAAGUAUUAUAUCUCAAAUGUUCACCUUUUUACUCUGCAGCCUUUGAAAGUUACUGUUUUUUAUAUUUCAGAUUCGCCUUGACAAUAAAAAACACAAGAUAUUAGUAUUAAAGCUUUUGAUUCCAAAAAAAAAUAAAUCACCAUUUACUCAGCAGUAUAUGAAAAAAAGCUCCUUUCUCUUUUUCCAGCUGCAACAAUAAAGUGAUUCAUGCAUCAUUUCACUACCUCGUAUAAUGUAUUUUGGGGAUAAUUCCAUAAUUUUCAACAAUGUGGAGAUUUGAUUAUUUUGUAAAUAAUCAUAACGUUAACUCAAAUAGAUGCUGUAUAUUGAAUAUCCUAGUUGUGAUUAAGCUUGGUUGAUUUCAGCAACAAAAACAGCAAAUUUAGGAAAUUAUGAGCAGAGUUUCCGGGACCUGUAGCUGGAAAAUCCAGGCUUCCUAAAACAGUUCUAAGCUGUAGGUCUGGUUUGUUUUGUUUAACUUGUCUUUUAUUUUCAUUUCUCUUCUUGAACUCUCUCGAUAAUUCCUCACACGAGAACAGCCUUUUCUUGCCUUGUCUUAAUGCUUUAAAGUAACCAAAUGGGAGUUUCAACUACCAAACGUUUUUCCACAUGCAUCAAUUGUAGUGUCUUAAUUUUUAGCUGAGCUCCGUCUGUAUUCUGUGCUUUAAAAGCUCAUUUCAUGUGUUUUCCAGUCUUGUCGGUAGCUCUUUGUUUUUUUUUAGAGACAAUGCUUUUAUUUAUUAUGUUAGGUAAAUGAUUGUACAACCACGUCAACAUGCUCAUGAAGUUGAAACUAGGAUUUGAUACACUGAUCAGUUUAUUUAUGUAACUAAAUCACUGUUUUAUAAACUUGUUAAUAAAUCAACUUUUUCUUUUGAUUAAAAUAGAUUUUUUGAGAGGA